UCUUACGCCAUUUCAUUCACGUCAUAAAUCGUAGCUCAUUAAUCUCAACAAGAAUGUGUAAUCACGAACACUUCAUUUUCGAGACCGGCGGGUAAGACCGCUGCUGUUAGCGUACGAGAACCGCUGUCAUCGUGAGCUAUAAUAGUCAUGCUUCUUCGCCCAGCGGCUCUCGGACUUAGCCGUCGCCACCUCGGUAUAACACAAUCUACCCUGUUUACCGCAAGUGGCUCUAGGACAUCAUCAUGUAGGAGAUAUAUACAUCUAGAAGGCCCGGCGCUAGCGCCUUUCGUCUUCGGCGGCCUGUUAGUAUCAUUGUGGACUUGGAAGUGCUUCAUGAUGGUGGUGUUUCAGAACAAGAUCAUCUACAUGCCGGGUCUACCUCCAAAUUCGCGACGGGAGAAAAUAAAUGACUAUAGAGGUAGACUCGGCGGGAUUUCCUGGCACGAGGAAAGAAUUCGCGCCGCUGAUGGGACGGACCUAGCGCUCUGCGUUACGGAUCUAGAGCUGGGAUCUGAAAACGGCGCCCGGUCACUGGAUACUACGCUCUAUAUCCUCUACUUCCAGGGCAAUGCUUCGUCUAUUCCUCCUCGUCUCCCGGACUUGUCAUCAAUAUUAAACAUGUUGAAACGAGAGAUGGCCAGUGAGCAGAAGAUAACUAGAUGUACAAUGAUCUGUCUAAGUUAUCGCGGAUAUUGGACAUCGCGCGGUCGGCCAACGGAGAAUGGUCUUCGGCUUGAUGCCGCCGCGGCGCUCGACUGGAUCUCCCGCAUGCACCAGGGCGCGUCUCGCGAGGGUCACCAAAGUCCGGCGCAGGUGGUGUUAUGGGGUCAUAGCAUCGGUUCCGGUGUGGCGACCAAUCUGGCGGCCGAGCGGCCUUUCCCCGAGAACCUUCGCUUGAACUCAAUGAUACUAGAAACGCCAUUUACAUCAAUUCGCGCCAUGCUCGCGGCUCUCUACCCGCAAAAGUGGGUGCCGUACAAGUACCUUUGGCCAUUCUUACGCAACCAUCUCGACAGUUGGAAGAACCUCGGGCUUAUCGCCGACAUUUACAGUACAAAGGCCACGCGACCGGAAAUCUUGAUCGUCCAAGCUGCCAAAGACGAGAUCGUGCCCGCAGAACUCAGCCAGAAGCUCUAUGCCAGAUGUCUAGAGCUGCAAAUACCCGUGCUCAGGACUUCGGUCAGUGGUGCUUUUCACAAUGAUACUACGUUCAGGGCAGAAGGUAGGAAAGCGAUUUCUCAAUUCCUGGCGCAGAAAGCCAGGGCAGCGAUAACAGAGAUAUGAAUCAUUACAAAUGCAGCAACGCGAUUCCAAUGACCGUGGGCACCUCCCAUGGUGCUAAUUCGCCGUCUCCCUAUUCACGACGAGUAUCUAGAUGGUAUCAGGGUAGAUGAAGAUUGGUUGCAUUAGCUGCAACACCAUUAUCGCGUUAGCGAUUCAACGAAUACCAUCCCGAUAAUAACUCCCAUUGUGUGCCAAUUCCCACGAAACUCUCACAACUUUCCGAU